AUGUCGUUAAAUUUUGCUCAUGCUGCUAUAUAAUGUUAUCACCUAGUAGUAUUCAUUUGUUUGUCCUUUCUGCUUGUAAUUUGCCCUUCGUACAUUUACUAAACUGAAGUUUAUUCUACAACUUAGUGAGUUCAAUGUUUCUGCCUUUCUGAUGAAUUUUAGUCCAUGAACUAACCAUGCUUCUAGUUCGUCAGAUUUUAUUUGAAUGAGCUGUACUCUCAUGUUUAGGGUGUGAGAAACUAAUCCUCUAUUACUAUUUUUUUUUCUUUUUUUAGUUAAGGGUUAACAAGGGUGCAAAUCUUUCAUUGACAUUAAAUUUAAUUUUUAUUGCAGGCAUGUCAACUUCUCAAAGAUCUGAGAGUAUCAAUUCCUUUUUUGAUAAAUAUGUGAACAAGAUGACUGUAUUGAAGGGAUUCAUUGAAAAAUAUGUGAUGGCUUUGGAGGAUAGCGAGGAAGCAGAACGUCAUGCAAAUUUUAACACUUGGCAUAAAGAACCUGCUGUAAAGACGCCAUCCUUGUUUGAAAGGCAAAUGUCAGGUAUUUAUACACAUGAGCUCUUUAAAAAGUUUCAAGUGGAAGUUUUGGGAGUCUCCGGGUGCCAUGCAACGAAGGAGAAAGACGGAGUUGUUGCGAUUUACAGAGUUGAAGACUUUGAGAAAGAAGAAGACUUUUACGUGAGUUGGGAUGCAAAUGAAAAAAUAGUUUCUUGUCUUUGUCGUUCUUAUGAAUACAAUGGAUUUCUUUGCCGGCAUUCACUAUGUGUGCUUCAUCAUUGUGGUAUAUUUCAUGUGCCUUCUCAUUAUAUCUUGGAGCGGUGGACGAGAGAUUUUAUAGGAAAUGGUGAGAAACGAAAGGUGGUUGAUUGCAGGCAAGAUCGUUAUGAUGAUCUAUUUAGACAAGCUACAAUGUUAUGCGAGGAGGGCUCAAAUAGUCAAGAAAGUUAUAAUAUUGCCUCUCAUGCUUUGAGAGUUGCAUUGGAGAAAUGCAAGAUGUAUAAUCCAAAUACGAACAAGGAAGGCACUAAUUGUGUGGACGGUGGCACUCCGAUACUUGAUACAGAAGUUGUGAAGACAAAAGGAGCUAAAAGAAUUAAAUCAGGAACUGACAAAAAGUGCAAGGAAAAGAACAAUAAAGAUACAAAAAAAGCUGUGUAGGGUUCAAAAUGAAUGGCACGCCAACUUGAAUCUUAACGCCCUCCUGGCUAUGAAGAUUUCAGAGUCUCGGUGUUGAUCGAGAAUAUGGAAAGGUGGGAUAGUGAUCCUCUCAGUGAUAUGUUUCAACAGAGUGAGGCGGAGGCGAUCUUGUCAAUUCCAUUGGUAAAAUGUAAAUCAAAUGAUAGAUUUAUUUGGGAGGCAACAUUUCAAGAGGACUCUCUCUGUACAAUCGGCAUUGCAAUGUGCCUCUCGAGAUUGGAAAAUAGUGACACUCCUAAUGCUGACUUUUACAGUCAAUGAUUCGACAAAAUAGUCCAUUUUGGAGGAACUUGGCGGUCUCUUGGUAUUCCUCCGAAGUUUGGACAAAAUUUCAAAACCGACCUGUUUUGAAUUUUUUUUUCCCAAAAAUAGACCCGUUUCAAACUUAAUUUUAAAAACCGACCCAUUUGGCUGAAACUGGGUCGGUUUUUGAAAUUAAGUUUGAAACGGAUCUUUUUUUGGGAAUUUUUUUUGGCAAAUAGGUUGGUUUUGAAAAUUUGUCCUCCGAAGUUUUGAAUUUUUGCAUGGAGAUGGGCUCAUAUUAUUUUGCCAACAAUCAACAGCUUGAACAGGCGCCGAAUGGGAUUCAACAUUCUUGAGACAGCAAAUUUUACAGGAGGAAGUUUAUGUGAGUUAUUCGACCCUUGGUGCUACAAUUACAUAGAAAUAGGCAUCUCAAGCACUUUUUUCCUUAGAUUACUAUUUUUUGUAAUAUAAUUAUUUUUAAUGUGUAGUAGGUAUGAUUCGCAGAAGCUUUCAUGUCAAAAGAAAAUGCUACUUGUCAUGUAGAACCAAAAUUCUUGUUUAUAUCAAUACUUCAGCCAAGUGAAGAUU